AUGAAGACUGAAGGCCUGAGUUUCCUGGUCGAGCAUCUGCCAAGAAUUGGGACAACCUCUAUUGAUAUAUGUGCCGUUGGACAGCCUGUGAUAGUCUCCCGAGGCCCUGGUAAGCUAUGUGUGGAAGACACAGAAGAGAACAAAGCAACGAUUUUGCUACCUUGCGAGGAAUUUGUGGGUGAACAGGCAAAAUUCACGACUGUUAGUCCAGGCUGCUACCGAUUAAGAUUAAAGUCAAGAGAAGAGGUUGUAAAUGCGUUCAAUUGCAACAACAAGGCCCAAAAUGUGUUUAUGUCUUUACCGGAAGGGAAAUGGUCCAAGAAAGAGCUAAUUGAAUCCAAAGGGUUCAGAAUCCUUUGUUUGACUUGCAGAACUGAUAUAAUUAACGAACAAAAUUGUUUUAAGAUCAAUGAAAUGCCUUCAGAGUUCUGGAUGGAGUUAAUGGACUACUGGCAUUGCCACAAGCCUCACGAUAUAUCAAAGGAAAACGAAUAUUCGGUGCGUUACAACUCUUUGAAACCUUUGAAAGGUGAAAUAUUGCUGGGGUCAGCCUUCUUCUUGGCCCAACAAGAUACUUUUGCAGGCAGAGUGAAAACAGAGAAUGGUUUUUUGCAAUGUGCUAAAUGUUCAGCAUCACUGGGAGAGGAAACGCAAGAUCAUUUGUUCAAAAUCUACAAAUGGCAAGUUUUACUGAAAAAAUCCAACAAGGAGGAAGAUGUCUUUCCCCCAGAGCAGGAUGUAGUUUUCACAUUGUUAAAUCUGAUCAAAGGCUACUCAACACGUUACGUUCUUUUGGAAUCUGAGAGCUCAAAGCUGUUUGUAUGGUUAUUUGCAAUAGGUAUAGAUGUGACUUUGCCAGAUAAUCGGGUACUUACAAACUGCAUAAAAGUCCUGUACUGUGACGAAAUUUCUGAGAAAGAGACAAAGGGGAGUAAUAUUGAGCAACUCAAGGUAAAACCUGUGCCUAUGCGCCAUUUUGUACAAAUGCUUGAACAGAUUCACGAGAGCUUGCCCUCGAGCGUCAAACAGUUUGAUUUGUGGCGUGUUAGCUAUAUUAAAAUCACAGCUUGA